AGUCAGCCCUGCAGAGCCCGGGUGCCAUCGUGGUGUUGCUGGUGGGAUCCUGGGAGCUUCUGCCUCUGAUGGCGUUUGUAACCCAGCAUCAGAUCCAAAAGUUCCGCAAGGAUGGCUUCCUCGUCCUAGAGCAUUUUUUCACCGCAGAGGAGUGCGACAGCAUGAGGAACCAGAUUCAGAGAAUCAUAGCGGAGAUGGAAGUGCCACCACACUGCCGCACUGAGUUCUCCACCAAGGAAGAGGAGCAGCUGCAGGCGCAGGGUAGCUCGGAUUAUUUCCUAACCAGUGGAGACAAGAUUAGAUUCUUCUUUGAGAAAGGCGUUUUGGAUGAGAGAGGUAACUUCCUAAUCCCAAAGGAGAAAUCUGUCAGCAAGAUUGGCCACGCUUUACAUGCUUAUGAUCCUGUCUUCAAGCAAAUCACCCACUCCUCCAAGGUGCAGGAAUUGGGAAGAAAACUAGGCCUUGAGAGACCAGUAGUUGUGCAAAGCAUGUAUAUCUUCAAGCAACCUGGCAUUGGUGGUGAAGUGACCCCGCACCAGGAUGCCACCUUCCUGCACACGGAGCCUCUGGGCAGAAUCCUGGGGUUCUGGGUUGCCCUGGAGGAUGCCACGCGGGAGAACGGCUGCUUGUGGUUCAUUCCUGGCUCUCACACCAGUGGAAUUACCCGGAGAAUGGUCCGUGCAGCUUCAGGUACCUCAACAUGCGUAGAGUUUGUAGGGUCAGAGCCGGCCUACGAUAACAGCCAGUUCAUACCUCUGCCUAUAAGUCAAGGUGGACUCAUUCUCAUCCACGGUGAAGUCGUCCAUAAGAGUGAACUGAACAGCUCGGAGUCUUCUCGCCACGCAUUCACCUUCCAUGUGAUGGAAGCCAAAGACACCAGCUGGAGCAAAGAGAACUGGCUCCAGCCAACUCCUGAACUGCCUUUUCCAUCGCUCUACACGUGAAGUUAGUGAUUGGCUUCUGGAGUCAAUAGCUGAUCAAUAUUCUUUUCUAAUCGUUCAUUCAUGUUCCCUUUAAAUACAACUUUCGCUAGAUCAGCUCUCAAGGUUAAUUUAUCCUCUCCUCGGAACGAGGACCAUUGACACAGCCGAAUACACCUGCGUUAGACAGAAGCUUCUACUACAGCAUGAGCCCUACUAGUAUGAGAAUAGUUGCCCAGUCCUCUUGGUAAGGAGACUUCUUCAGCCUUGAGAAUAGACCAUUAAAGAUCAUUGCACCUUGACUGGGAGCAGUUAAGAAGUAUUUCUUCUUGCAGAUACUCAGUAUUUUCUUCUGUUUAAGUCAAGAGCUUGCCUAGUGCAUUUCUUGGCUGUGUCGAUCCCAGCAAUGCAGGUGAACGUGUCAUGUGAAGAUGGCUGACUUCUACCCUUAGGUCUCCAUCCCAUUGUUUGAAUAGCAGUGAUUAGAAAUAAUCCUAUUGUGGGCAAAAUGAAGCAGAAGUCUACUUUUAUAAUCAAUCUUCUAAGUAUUUCUAGCAAACUGUAGCUGAGUGUUUGAUCUCUGGGUGUGCCGAUUAAAAAAAUUAUUGCAGUUCUUAAA